GGCUUUGUGCUGACACUGUACCGGAACUAUUCAACGAUAGACGUUUCUGCCGCAUUAAGUACACUGACGGACUUUACUUCCCUAACAUGCGCCAUUGAAAACAAACGAAGUCGCUACAGAGGGGGCUACCUUUACACCAGAUUUGGGCCCGUUUACUGAAAACUAAUCAAUCUUUGCUCAACGUACAUUAUCUUUGCUAACAAUGGAGAGUAUUUUAGAGCAACAGCGUCGCUAUCAUGAAGAGAAAGAAAGACUAAUGGACGCUAAAACAAAAGAAAUGCUACAUAAGAAGUCCACGCUUCGGGAGCAGAUAAAUUCUGACCAUCGAAUAAGAGCCAUGUUGGAUAGGUAUAUGGAUGUGAGUGCAAAUAUCAGAGAUUCCUAUGAAGAUAAAGAUGGCAUGAGGAGAGAUGAGCUUGCUGCCAUCUCUGGACCAAAUGAGUUUGCCGAGUUCUACAACAGACUGAAACAGAUAAAGGAGUUUCACAGAAAACACCCAAAUGAGAUUUCCAUUCCCAUGUCUGCAGAGUUUGAAGAGUUGAUGAAGGCCCGAGACAACCCGAGUGAGGAGGACCAAAACAUGGUUGAUUUCACUGAUGAGGAGGGAUAUGGCCGUUACCUUGAUCUCCACGACUGCUACCUGAAGUACAUCAAUCUAAAGGGAGCCGAGAAAUUAGAGUACAUCACUUACCUGUCUUCAUUCGACCAGCUUUUUGACAUCUCAAAGGACAGGAAGAAUGCAGAGUACAGAAAGUACUUGGAGAUGUUGCUGGAAUACCUGCAGGACUACACAGACAGGGUCAAACCUCUGCUGGACCAGAACGAUCUCUAUGGCAAAGUACUGGUAGACUUUGAGAAGAAAUGGGAUAACGGGACCUUUCCAGGCUGGCCUAAAGAAACCAGUAGUGCUUUGACACAUGCUGGGGCUCACUUGGACCUGUCUGCUUUUUCCUCUUGGGAGGAGUUGGCUUCAUUAGGUCUGGACAGAUUGAAGUCUGCACUCUUGGCUUUGGGACUGAAAUGUGGCGGAACUCUGGAAGAGAGAGCUCAGAGACUCUUCAGCACUAAAGGAAAAUCUCUGGAAUCUCUGGAUCCAUCGCUGUUUGCCAAGAAUCCCAAAGCCAAAGGCCCUAAAAAAGACACAGAGCGUAAUAAGGAGAUUGCGUUCCUGGAAGCUCAAGUCUAUGAAUAUGUGGAAAUCCUUGGGGAGCAAAGGCAGCUGACUCAUGAGAAUGUGCAGAGGAAGCAGGCUAGAACAGGAGAGGAGCGUGAGGAGGAAGAGGAAGAGCAGCUCAGUGAGAGCGAGAGCGAAGACGAAGACAACGAGAUCAUCUACAACCCCAAAAACCUGCCACUGGGCUGGGAUGGAAAGCCAAUCCCAUACUGGCUCUACAAACUCCAUGGUCUGAACAUCAACUACAACUGUGAGAUCUGUGGGAAUUACACUUACAGAGGACCCAAAGCCUUCCAGAGGCACUUUGCUGAAUGGAGGCAUGCUCAUGGUAUGCGUUGUCUAGGAAUCCCAAACACCGCUCAUUUUGCCAACGUCACACAGAUUGAGGAUGCCGUCUCUUUGUGGGCAAAGCUGAAGUCUCAGAAGGCAUCAGAGCGGUGGCAGCCUGACACAGAGGAGGAGUACGAGGACUCUAUUGGGAAUGUGGUCAACAAGAAGACUUACGAGGAUCUGAAGCGACAAGGCUUGUUGUAAACAGAAUAAGUAAAACGCAUAAUAUGCGUCUGUGAAGCCUCUUUUUAAAUCACCUUUUUUUUUUACGACAUAUUUGCUUAUAUGUGUCUUUAAUAGUUAUUAGGCUGUUCCUCACUCUGCCUACACUCUUUAAUAACUUUGUAAUGUGGUAACUUUUGGUCAUUCAAAUAAAUUGAGUACUUUUGUCAAAUCUACAA